AUGGAUGCUCAUACUAAAUGGAUAGAAGUUUGCGAAACAUCGUCAACCAGUUCAUUAACGACAAUUGAAAAUUUACGGAGGAUAUUUUCCAUUUUUGGACUACCUAAAAUUUUAGUUUCGGAUAACGGCACGUGUUUCACUUCCCAGGAGUUUUCGGAAUUUAUCGAGAGAAACUGUAUCUCCCAUAUAACUACACCACCUUACAACCCAGCUUCAAAUGGAGCAGCGGAAAAUUGUGUCAAGGUGAUCAAGGGUGCCUUGACGAAAGCUCUUUCUAUAGACUCCAUGUCAACUACCAACCAGAUUCUCUGCAGAUUUUUACUAGAUUACAGAAAUACACCUCACUGUACCACAGGACUCAGUCCAGCGAAUUUAAUAUUUGGUCGAUCAUUGAGAACAAAAUUUGAUAUAAUUAAUCCUAAUGCAAAGGCAGAAAUAGUAGAUAAGCAUCAUAUAGUUGAUAAGGUAGCUAGGAAUAACAUUAAACAAAAAAAUUAUUAUAAAGGGAAGAAAAAUGUGAGUUAUACAUUAGGUGAAGUAGUAUUAGUAAGAGAUUAUAGGAAUAGACCAAACAUUUCUUGGAUUAAAGGCAUUGUUCAUAAAAGGAUAGGAAAAUGUACUUAUUUUAUAGAAGUCCCUGAACUGAAACUGACCUGGAAACGUCACGCCAACCAAAUCAGAAAAACAUUUCAAAUGGAAACUUUCACAUCUGACAUCAUAUCCAAUUCAGAAAAUAGUUCUAUAGAAGGAAUUUGUAAUCAAAAUAUAUCUAAUACUAAUACAAGCAGUGAAAAUACCGAUGAAAAUAAUAACCGGCAAAACAAUUGUUCUUCUGAAACCCAGGCCAAUACAAUUUCUGUUUUAAGACCUAAAAGAGCAAUUAAACCCGUAGAGCGUUAUGGCGUUGAUUCCAAAUUUAGCCAUAAGUAG